AUGUUCAAGAAAGACAUCCCACCAAGCAACCGCUCAAAAGUCAAGUCCUCCGUGCAGCGCGCCCUGCGCCAGAAACUCGUCGAGGCCCACCCACUAUGCGAACCAUACAUUGACGAGAUCCUGCCGAAGAAGGCACAGCUCGAUGCCGUGAAACUCCCCGACAGAGUAACCCUCUACACAAUCGACAGCACACCCCUCUUCUACCAACCCCUCGACGGCCCCCCAAUCCCGCACCUCAAGGUCCUGCACCAGUUCCCGGGCAUGCUGCCGACGAUUCAGAUCGACCGCGGUGCGAUCCGCUUCGUGCUCUCUGGUGCGACGCUCAUGGCGCCCGGGCUGACGAGUCCCGGUGGUCGGUUACCGGAUGCUGAGAACGCACUGGAGAAGGGGACUGUUGUUGCGGUGAAGGCGGAGGGGAAGGAGGAGAUUUGCAUGGUUGGGACGCUGAAGGCUGGCACGGAGGAGGUGAAGAGCAAGGGGAAGGGCGUUGUCAUUGAUGAUGGGCAUUAUCUGGGCGAUGGGCUGUGGAAGAUGCAGUUGGAUUAG